AUGAAGAUAAUCAAUUCGGUCGUUGUAGUCGGACUCUAUUAUGGAUUUCUAGCCACAUUCUCCAUAGGGGGGCCCUCUUAUCUCUUCCUUAUCCGAGCUCGAAUUAUGGAAGAAGGAGAAGAAGGAACCCAGAAGAAAGUAUCAGCAAUAACCAGUUUUAUUACGGGACAGCUCAUGAUGUUCAUAUUGAUCUAUUAUGCGCCUCUACAUCUAGCAUUGGGUAGACCUUAUACAAUAACUGUCCUAGCUCUACCAUAUCUUUUGUUUCAUUUCUUCUGGAACAAUCACAAACACUUUUUUGAUUAUCGAUCUACAACCAGAAAUUCAAUACGUAAUCUUAAUGUUAUUUGUAACAAGUAGUUUUGUUGGGUGGUUAAUUGGUCACAUUUUAUUCCUAAUGUACUUAUUAGAUCGAAUAAGUACCUUGUGUCAGAAUUGAUAAAUUUUAUGGCUCGAAUAUUUAGAAAAAUACUGUCACCUAUUGUUACUAAGAAACUGAAGAAAAAAACCCCAGAAAUGGAAGAAAGAGGGGGAACUGAGGAAGAAACAUAUGUACAAAUAGAAACAACUUCCGAAACGAAGGGGACUAAACAGGAACAAGAGGGAUCCACCACAGAAGAUCCUUCCUUUUCCCUUUUUUCGGAAGUAAAGGAGGAUCCGGACAAAAUCGAUGAAACGGAAGAGAUUGGAGUGAAUGGAAAGGAAAAAACAAAGGAUAAAUUCUACUUUAAAAGAGACACACUAUAA